AUGGCGAAAUUGAGUUUCUUUGCUUUGGCCACUUGGCUCGGUCUGGCUGCUGCCAAGGAUGUCUACUUGGAUUGGAACGUCACUUGGGUUAAUGCUUCACCCGAUGGCUUUGAGCGUCCCGUCAUUGGUAUCAAUGGCGAAUGGCCUUGUCCCCAGAUCGAUGUCGACGUGGGCGACCAGUUGAUUGUCGAUGUAUACAACGGGCUUGGAAACGAGUCCACCGGUAUCCACUGGCAUGGUUUCCAUCAGUAUGCUACCGGUGUCAUGGAUGGAUCUAGUGGAGUCACUCAGUGCUCCAUCCCUCCUGGAUCCCAGAUGCAAUAUCACUUCGAUAUUAACCAGACUGGAACUUACUGGUACCACUCGCACGACAUGGGCCAGUACCCUGAUGGAUUCCGGGGUCCUUUGAUUGUGCACGAUCCUCACGCCCCUUUCCACUAUGAUGAUGAGUUCACGCUCACCCUAAGUGAUUGGUACCACCAGCAGAUGCCUGAACUGCUCAAUUCCUAUGAGUCGGAGCAGAAUGAGGCUGACAAUCACGGACGGGAGCCCCUCCCCAACUCGGCAUUGAUCAACGAUGCUACCAAUACAAAGAUUAAGGUCUUGCCAAACAAGACCUAUCUCGUUCAUAUCGUCUGCAUUGGAAAUUUCCCUGGUCACACCUGGGUCUUUGAUGGCCAUGAAAUGACUGUGGUUGAGGUCGAUGGUAUCUACGUCGACCCAUACCCUGCUGGGGACAAGUUCCUGCGUAUCGCUACUGGACAGCGUAUGAGUGUCUUGAUUCACACCAAGUCUGACACCAGCAAGAACUUCGCAAUCUUCGACACCAUGGACGUUAACAUGAUGUUCUUCUAUGAGCACCGUGAUAUCCCCGCUGGUUACAACCCCAAUGCCACUGCUUGGCUGGUGUAUGACGAGGCGAAGCCUUUGCCUGCGCCUCCCUCAUUCGGCGCAUUUGAUAACUUUGUCGAUGACCUCUCCUUUGUGCCUGUCGACCACGAGCCCUUGCUCCAGCCUGUGAACCACCAGAUCAUCCUGGAUGCCGGCUCUGCAGAAAUCAAUAAUAUCACUCGUUUCACCGUGAACAACCAGACUUACCUCCCACCCAAGGUCCCGACCCUGUACACUGCCAACACUGUCGGCCCCGAGUUCUCCUCCAACCCAGAAGUGUACGGCCAGGUCAACCCAUUCAUCGUGAAGUAUGGCGAUAUCGUCGAGAUCGUCAUCAACAACCACCACCCCAAUCUGCACCCGUGGCACUUGCACGGCCACCACUUCCAGGUUCUGCAGCGAUCAGCUGUUAACGGUGGCUACUAUACUGGGCUGUACAACAAUGUUUCUACGACCCCGGUCAAGCGCGACACCAUCAUGGUCCAGAACAAUGGCCACGCCGUCCUUCGCUUCCGCGCCGACAACCCGGGUGUCUGGUUGCUCCACUGCCACAUCGAGUGGCACGUCGAGGCUGGUCUGAUGGCAACCAUUAUCGAGGCCCCAGAGACAUUCCCCCAGACCCUGAAGGCUCCUCCUAACAGCCACUACAAGGCCUGCGCGGCCUACCCCAGUCCCAGCAGUGGAAACGCCGCUGGAAAUGACGGUCUUGACAUGACCGGUGCCAACACCAAGGUCGAACCCGGUAGCCACGGCGCUUUGUAUCACGGCAAGGACGUCAGCGCUCCCGCACCGGUAGCCUCAGCUCCUGCUCCUUUAGCUCCGGCCCCCGCACCCUUGGCUCAGGCUCCCGCGCCGGCGCCCAAGCCAAAUACCCAAGCUGCUGUCCCUGCUCCUAAGCCCACCACUCAGGCCCAGGCACCCGCUCCAAAGCCAACCCACACUCAGCUCACCGUCCCACAGGCUGCGCUGCCUAAGCCUCAGCCCAAUGCCCCUCAGCCUCCGGCCCAGCAGCCACCAGCGCCCAAGCCCAAGCCAGCCCAACAGCCACAUGCUCCUAAGCCGCGGCCCGUCGCUGAGCAGCCUCAACCUGAACAGCUCGAGGAGUACCAGCCCGAGCCCCAGGUCGCUCACCCCGCGCCACCGACCGCCCAGCCUCCCCAGGGCGAGUACGACUACCCAGAGUACUAUACCUACGAGCAGCCUCAGGCACCACAGCCCCAUGUGGAUGUUACCAAAAUCAAUUCCGAGAACAACUCUCAUGGCAGCAAGAACGACGUUCAAGUUGGUGACCCCAAUGAUCCCGAAGAUGAUCCGAUCCACGCCCACAUCGAGGACCACAAGGGCCCUUGGCCCGAAACCCACACCAACGACGGGUAUCUCACUCAGGGUGGACAAACUUACCACACCCAUGAUGAUGGGUAA